UAUUACUCCAUUUUUAAAUUCACAAAGAUUAGUAAGUUGUCACAGAUUUAAUUUGUCGUAGCAAAGGUUAGAAAAAAAAAUGGCUUCAGAAAUAAGAAAUGUUGACGAGUUGGUAACCGAGGCCUGUGCAGCUUUUGAGAAGAGAUUUGGUUCAAAGCCUAACGUCGCUUCCCGAGCUCCUGGUCGUGUGAAUCUAAUCGGUGAGCACACAGAUUACAAUGGUGGAUUCGUUUUUCCUAUGGCGUUGCCUAUGGUGACGGUGAUGGUAGGGAACCCAACGGCCUCUGGAACCUGCCGUGUGGAGACCUUGUCUGGCUCGACCGACGAACCCAGGUACACGGAGUUCUCUGUGGACGAACUCAAGCCGGGCGCGCCCAAGUGGGCGAACUAUGUCAAGGGCGUGGCUGCUCAGAUGCCAGAUGAUUUAUUUCCAGGAAAAAUCCCCUCCUUUGAUGCAGUCAUCUGCUCCUCUGUGCCACUAGGGGGAGGUGUCAGCAGUUCUGCCUCAGUUGAGGUUGCAGUCUACACAUUUUUGGAGCAGAUGGGCGGCGGUGGGCAAGACACUCCAGUGAUAGACAAAAUUUUGAGGUGCCAGAAAGCUGAGCAUGUGUUUGCAGGCAUGCCCUGUGGUAUCAUGGAUCAGUUCAUUUCAAUGAUGGGGAAGGAAGGUCAUGCGCUGCUCAUAGAUUGCAGAUCCCAACAAGGGCGAUUGGUGCCCAUGACUGACCCUGAAGUGGUGGUACUGGUCACAAACUCCAAUGUGAAACACGAGCUCACUGGAUCUGAAUACCCAACUAGACGUAAACAGUGUGAGACAGCUGCCAAAGUCCUGGGUGUUUCUAGUCUAAGGGAGGCCACUGAGCUGGACCUUGAAGAUAAGAAGGCAGAUUUGGACAAAGAAACUUAUCGUAGAGUUCGUCACGUUAUAACUGAGAUCAGACGCACUGAAGAAGCUGCUGCAGCACUGGAGAAUGGAGAGUAUGACAAGUUUGGUGAAUUGAUGAUCGCAAGUCACAAUUCCUUGAGGGAUGACUAUGAAGUGUCAUGCAAAGAGCUGGACCAGCUUGUUGAGUUUGCGAUGGAAAUGAAGUCUGAAGGUGUGUACGGUUCCAGAAUGACAGGUGGUGGAUUUGGUGGAUGUACAGUCACCCUUCUCAAGGCUAGUGCAGUGGAUAAGGUCAUUGACCACAUUAAUAAUAAAUACAAGGCAAAUGGCAAGGCAGCCACCUUCUAUGUGUGUCCCCCAUCUGAUGGAGCCAGCAAGAUUAAACUUUAACCUCAAGAGCUGAAUGAGACCUUAUGCCAAGCAAAGAUAUGAUGCCCUGUGCCUUCUAAACUCAACUGUUUCUGCUUCACAGUAGAAACCAAAAGCAAUUGAAAAAUUAUUUAUUAACAGGGCUUGUAAGAUUAACUUUCACUUUAAUAAGAUAAUUGUGAAAUUAGUUUAAAUGUUUGUGAAAUAUAAAUAUUUGCAAAAAAGUUUAGCAACAACCAUGUUUAAAUGCUGAUUAUCAUUCAUAAACAUCUCUGUAAUCACCUGAAUACAUUUUUAUAGUUAUAAAAAUUAUCUUUAAUGAUCAAUUUUGAACUUCACAGAAAACUGUUUUUGUAACUGCUGAUAUAUAAAGUUGCAGCUAAAUUGAAUUUACAAUUACAAUGUCAACGAGUCUUGAAAGUAAUUUUAUAAAAUUCAAGUAUUUAUCAAAUAUUUUCUCAAUACUAACAAUCCUUGUCAUUAUAAAUGGGACUACUAUAAGUGAAGUAGUUUUAUGGAUAUAUUAAUGAUUACCAAUGAUUUUGUUUUGAAAGCAAUGAUUAUCAUGAAUACCAAGGUAUGGUAAUGAUGGUAUGCACCUAACAAAUGCACUAAUUGAUCAUCUAACUUGAAUGGGGUCUGAAAUGGUCAUGCUAUUGCUAGUUUGAGAGUAGGUUUUGUAUAGACAAUUAAACUAAUUUAUGUAGGUAGAAUAUCUGUAGAAUAACAUUGUGCUGGCCACUUUAUUAUAGAAAAGACUGGAAAUUUUGUUUUUUAAUUAAGCACGAAGUCAAUGCCAUUUCAAUAUUUUUCCUUCCACACCCACAUCUUUAACGUGUUUUAGAAGGUGUGGAUGUUUAAUUACAAUUUUUUGUAGUCUUCUAUUGUUACAGACAUGUUUCUGCUAUUACUACUAAGCAAAAAGUGACGUGUCUAAAAAAAAGUUCUUGAAUUAAGUUUUUGUAUACUACCAAAACUAUUCCUCUUGUGUGACAGAUCACUGCUCAACAUUUGUCUUUGACUGGCUCUUUAUGGCUGUAAUUUUAUUUUCAUUUAUUAGCUCUAGCUAAAAUUUCUUUUCAAAAUGUUUACAAAUAACCGAUGACAAAAUGUAUUGAUUUGUUUGGUUGUUUUGUUUUCAAAAUGUAUUUUUUGUAUAAAAAUUGUAUGUAUUGUAACUUUACACUUUAUGUAUAACAACUUGUUCCUUUGCUUCACUUGUGGGGUUUUUUUUUUUGUUUUUGAAAUUUUAUAAAAUCAAUCUUGUUUGUUGGAAUACAAAAAGCAUUUAAUAUAUAUUGGGGUUUUUCUUAAAGUGGGGAAAAUGCUUGAGAUUUUUAGUUAACAUUCAGCCAUAAACUUGCUUUUAAGACAUUUUUGUUCAGUCUUAUUCUAGUUGGCUAAACUGCAAAAAAAGAUUUUUGAUACAUUUUUCAAAACUAGUUGUUCUUAUUUUCACUUUAUAUUUCAGUAUUUUUUUUUUUAUAAUUGUACAAAUAAGGUAAUGUUUGUUAUUACAAGUAAUGACAUAGAGGUAAACUAUUUGAGGGAUGAAAUGUUUGUCUUUUGUAGCUAGGCACACUAGAAGCCAGAAACAAUUCUAAUUUGAUUUAAAAGUCCAAAAACUUAUGUAAAUGGCAAGGUCUUCAUUUACAAGUUUAAAUUUUGUUUUUUAUUUGACAUAUUCUUAUAAUUGAAUCUUGAAUUUGUGUGCGAACUAUUAUAUUCAGGGAAUAUAAUCUCGUUAUUUUUAUAUUAAUGAAUUUUCUAUAACCUUUUGACAAUAAUGCUGGUAUAUAAUAAUAAUUCAUUGGAUUUAUGGCAAAUUUGAAUGACCCUAUGUCAGUAUUUUUUUUUUUUUUGCAUUUAAAUCUUUAACUAAGAUUUGUGUUGACUAGAACAAUUUUAGUGCUAGUUUCAUAAGUAACUCACCAGAUCAUUGGACUGAUCUAAGAACUAAAUUUGUACUGGGUACAUUGGAAUAAAUGGUGUUGGUAUGUAAAAUUAUAUCAGUUAAUAACCAGCUGUCAACACAAAUUAAAUGAAUAAAGGGAGAUCACUUGGGUUAAUCAUUCCUGCUUGGAUUGUCCUUACUAUGGGUGUGGGCUAUAUCUUCUUGAUGGGAAAAACCAUUGAAUCUGAUGUGAGACUGGCUGUGUGCAGGACAACAAAAGUUUAAUGUUGGUGUUGGUUUUUGGUUGCUGAUUCAAAAAUUGUCUAGCAACUAUUAUUGCAUUAUCAUCUAAUCUGAGAAGCAUUUUUUUCAUGCAUUUUUAAUUUUCAGUUUUAAGAACUUCUAAAGAGGCAUACACUAUUUGCCUACCUCACUUUUUUCCAUCUAAAGAUCUAAUCAUUUAAAUUCAAAACUUCAUUGUAUAGUUUGUAGUUUAUAGAAAGAUAUCAAUACUAAAGUAUUAAAUCAUCACUGCAUACA